AUGGCGUCCGUCCUAGUCCCCGUAUUCUACGUCGUCAUUCUCUUCGGCAGCCUCUUCGUAUUCGGCAAAUACUACAGGAAACGCACCUCGAUGAUACAGCUCGAGCCGUACUUCCCCAGACACACAGAACGCGAUGUCUACGUCACCCUUUUACAAAGAUCAGACCCGCCGACCCCCGAGCCGCUCCUGAAAGCCGCCCUCAUCCGCCGAGCCAUGACAGACAUCACCCGCUUCAUGCGCCUCCGCGAGGACAAACCCGCCCUCCAGAACCUGCUGCAGAAAGGCUCCAUCGGCGACGACCUGUGGAACAGCCUCCUCGCCGCAGAGAAGGAGCUCGAGGCAGAGAUCGUGGAGGUCGUCGCGGAGGCCAACACAUUCGUCGAGGGCUGGGGCCAGAUCAUCCUCCAAUCCGCGAGCGAGAUGAUCGGUAACGAGAAGUCGCGACAGAUAUUCGAGUCGAUACCGCAAGCCCGCGCGCUGAACGAAACACGUCAGCCGGCUUAA